AUGAAGUUCUCCGUACUUGGUUGCCUUCUUGCUGCUGCGUUCAGCGCUGUACACGCCGCCCCAGUCGCACCCCAGGAGCUCACGGACAAGGCCGCACAGGGGUUUCGUCUCCUCAGCCUCGCUGAGGGCGCGGAGCCGGUGUGGAAGACCGAAGAGGAGAAGCUGGAGCUCUUGCGCGCCAAAGUUCACUUCUUUGACGUGACGGAAGUCUACGAGCCUGAAGAUUCGGCACCCGUGACCUUCAAGGCUCUCGCCUCCGCGACGACUUUCCCUGCACCCUCGCACUCGUCUGCGGUGACGGCUAUCAUUAAGACCCUCUCUACGUCGAACAUGCAGUCGUACCUGACGCCGCUGACGGCCUUCAACAACCGGUACUACACGAGCACCACCGGCAAGUCCGCUAGCCAGUGGAUCUUUGACAAGGUCACAUCGUUCGCUGGGUCCCGCACCGACAUCAAGGUAUCCAAGUUUACGCACUCGUGGGCGCAGUUCUCGGUCAUUGCGCGGUUCGAGGGCACCUCCUCCGGCCCGGUCACCAUCAUUGGCGCACACGAGGACUCGAUCAACCUGGACAGCCCAUCCAGCGGACGUGCCCCAGGCGCAGACGAUGACGGUUCUGGUACCGUCAACCUUCUUGAGGUCUUCCGCGCACUCGUGGCUGCAGGCUUCAAGCCCUCGACGCCCGUCGAGUUCCACUGGUACUCCGGUGAGGAGGCCGGGCUCCUCGGCAGCCAGGCCGUCGCGAAAAGUUACAAGAGCAGUGGCACGACGGUCAAGGCGUUCCUUGAGCUCGACAUGUCCGCGUACUUCAAGCCUGGCUCGAAGGAGGUAAUCGCGCUCGAAGCCGACUACAUCGACUCGGGGCUCACCAGCUUCCUGAAGCAAGUGAUCGACACGUACUCCACGCUCGACUGGGCAAUGGACACUGCAUGUGGCUAUGCGUGCUCUGACCACGCGAGCUGGUACAAGCAGGGGUACCCGACGGGCAUGCUCUACGAGGCGGUCACGGGCAACGACAAUCAGAACAUCCACUCAACGGGUGAUACGACGUCCGUCUCGGGCUUCUCGUGGAGCCACUCGCUCGAGUUUGCGAAGGUCGCACUCGCGUACGUCUAUGAGCUCGGAAUCUGAGCCGAUGCUCCGAGCUGUAUGGAAUGCAAGGAUGGCGGUGAGUCUUGGAGCUGCAAGAUGGGAUUGACUGGGGAGAUCUUAGCACUUGCCUAUGAUCGUCUCUGCU